AUGCCCAAGAUCCGCCGCAGUAGGCUGAGGACGGUCCUCUCCAUAGUCGCCGCGCUGUUCCUUGUUGUCGGUGUCUUCAAAAUCAAUUGGACUCCGGCUCCUGCCUCCGUGAUAGUUCCCAACUCCGCGUUUGAAGUGCCUCUUGCCGAACGCCAAAAUGUGUUUUGGAAAGCCUUCAAGCCGAUAUUAGAAGCGAACGCUCCAAAUUGCCCUCCGCCAUCUCACGAGGAAAAUGUCGAGCCUACCCACUUCAAUGCUACCACGGAGGAAGUGCGGCCGGACCUGUCGUUCAUGGACGAAGCCGGGGUGUCGGCCAUGCGAGAUGCCCACGCGCGGUUUUUGCACGACAUCCAGGAUACCAAACCUCUCAAGCCUGUCCAUGCUCCUGGUACCCGCGGAUUGGUUUCGACUGCUGGAGGCCAAUACUUUCCGGUCUUUCUUGCUACUUUGCGGAUGCUGCGACGUACCGGCUCGAACCUACCGGUCGAGGUGUAUAUGAAGGAUGCCGGCGAGUACGAAGAGAGCAUCUGCGAGGAUGUGCUGCCGAAGCUGAAUGCGCGAUGUCUAAUUCUCUCUGACGUGGUUGGGAAAGAUCCCAUUGAGCACUUCCAACUGAAGGUCUUCGCGGUCCUCUUCUCCUCCUUCGAGGAAGUCGUUUGGAUGGACGCCGACUGCUUCCCUCUCCACGAGCCCGAGCUAUUGCUUGAUUCAGACUUGUUCAAAUCAACAGGCAUGAUUACGUGGCCUGACUUCUGGCAAUCAUCAGUAUCACCGCUCUACUUCCAGAUCUCGGACCAGCCAGAAAUCCCUAUGAAUGGGCGCCAGACUACCGAGGCGGGUGUUCUCUUCAUCUCGAAAAAGACUCAUCUGCGGACGCUUUUACUAUCCGCAUACUACAACUACUACGGGCCAUCUCAUUACUUCCGUCUGCUGUCACAAGGUGGGCCAGGUGAGGGCGACAAGGAAACCUUUCUUCAAGCCGCAUCUGCCGUCAAGGAACCAUUCUACGCAGUGAGCGAGAGGGUACAGGCGGUUGGCCACCCGGCACCGGACGGACUAUCUGGGUCCGCUAUGGCCCAGUCCGAUCCAAUUGAAGAUCAGUCUUUGGUUAGCCAGGGGCUACUCCGGGUGCUCGAUCCUAGCGUGGCCGACGCACCGCGGGUAUUUUUUAUCCAUGCCAAUUACCCCAAAUUCAACCCGGGGGGCAACCUUUGGGGAACCGAAUUUGAGACUGCACCGACAGUCCGGCCUGAUGGAUCUGACGGACGUGCAUGGAUUGUGCCUGAAGACGUUGUCCAACGGUUUGGAUACGAUGCUGAAAAGGCGUACUGGGAGGAGCUCAAAUCCAUCAGCUGCGAUCCUGACGUCGAGUUCCAGACCUGGGUAUCCAAAGACGAAACGUGCCGUAAGGUCGAGCAAUACUGGGACAAUGUCUUCGCCCAGCCACACGAUGAUGAUUUCCACUGGGAGUGA